AUGCCAGGAAUAAUUGUUUGCGAUAAUUGCUCACCAGCCAAAGAACUUUCCUGCCCAAAAACCACAGUAUGUAACUUCUCGCUUCUCAAACAAUCUAAGAACUCCGAUCAAUGUUCAAUAUACGCAUGUGAGCAAGGCGAGCUGUUAGCCCAGGUUGGGUUACAAGCCGAAGCAAUCGAAGGUGCAGUAUGCGAUCGCGACAAUCAGCUAAUAUGGAAGACGACAAAGGGAGAGCUACUGGGCAGAAAUUUGCAGGCCACUUGUGGAUUUCCAUGUUCAAAUUGUAACCCACUAACAUGUGACGAGAUGCCAUGUCCUCCGCAUUAUGACUGCUCUUCAUGUGCUAAGGAUGGCGAGGAAGAUCCGAUUGUUUACUCUAUGGAUGCGCAAGAAUGUGCAGUUGCCACUUGUGGACAUGGUCAAAUGUUCAGCAGAGGACAACCGGCUACCCAAGCCGCCAAGCGGUCUAAUAAGAUGUUCCCUUCUAGUCCGAUUGUUUACUCUAUGGAUGCACAAGAAUGUGCAGUUGCCACUUGCGCACACGGUCAAAUGUUCAGCCGAGGACAACCGGCUACCCAAGCCGUAUGUGCUAAUGGCGGCUAUCUUGUCAAUGGACAGAUCGUUAGUCAGAUAUCUUGUGGUCUGCGUCAUUGCAAAGAAGCAUACUGUCCCACUGGUGUGAUGAAUGCUGAUGGGGUACAAGUGAAUUAUCUCACUUGUAAUGGUAAAGGUAAAUGGGUUGACAAUGCGGGAACUGAGUAUACCAGUGCACACUGUGAAAUGUCUUGUGAACUCUGCACAGCCUUGAGCAAUGCUGGUAUGCCAUGCCCGACUGGACUUAUUUGUGAAGCUCCCACGGAACGGGAUGCCUGCGAUAUUUGUACAGCUCCUCCGAGUGAUGGUCUUACGUGUCCCGAUGGUCUUGUCUGUACUCCUGCAUCAAUACGAGAAGGUCAUUGCAAAGAAGCAUACUGUCCCGCUGGUGUAAUGAAUGCUGACGGGGUUCAAGUGAAUUAUCUUACUUGUAAUGGUAAAGGUAAAUGGGUUGACAAUGCAGGAACCGAGUAUACCAGUGCACAUUGUGAAAUGUGUCAGUGCCCAGCCGCCAGCUGCCCUACUGGCUCAAUGAGAGCAGGUCCCGGAAAUGUAAUUGUAACUUCCCUUAUGUGCGAUGGAGAUGCACAAUGGGUCGAUAGUCAGAACAGUGUGUAUACGUCUGCGCAGUGCGAAGCUCGUAAGUUUGUCUUGUCAAAGAUUUCUUUUGUUAUAUCUUAGCU